UGUGCUGAUGCCCAUUGCAAUGCGUGUAUUUCUCCAACUACUGCAGAACGCCCAAUGAUCGUCAAAAUACCCCGCUAUUGCGGCAGGCAGAUAUGACGGGGUAAUGCAUCAGCUCUCCUUCUUAUGACUAUAGCUAUAUUCCGUGAGAGGAACUCGAUUCCGAAGAAAUUGUAUCAAAAGACUAUUUUGACUUCUAUGAACUAUCAUAAUGGAUUGGUUACGCUCAGAUAACAGUCUGUGGGACAAGAAUAUGGAUAUUAUGGACUUCAUACCAGCCGAGAGUACGGUCUUAGUAGUCGCAAAACAAGCAAAAACCGAGCUGCAUGCACAGGACUAUCCUUUAAAAUCCGAGGAGGACUGGGAAGACUGGCUUAACCAACAUCAUCAUCAACCUAACGCGCAGAAUGCGACGACUAUCAAAUUGAUACUCGGCGCGAGGGCUGAUACAGGGGCCUUCGAUCCUGCUGUACUGUCAUAUCUACCCUUUUCAGAGGGCACAUUCCAGAAACUGAUAAAGGAAUUCAAAAUCCAUGGAACAAUUGCGAGAACCAUAAAUCGUAACACCAGUUGCGCGUUUAUUAGGAAAUUCCACUGUUGGGAUUCUCCCACUGAACGAUCACUAGUAUACAAUUGCAGGUCCAACGCGUCGUGGGAAGGCGACCUGGGCCUGUCCGUGACCUUUACCCCUCGCACUAUGACCACUCACGCCGUUAUGUAUGGCUGUGAUGCCGAAACCACAGAGGAAAUAGUGAGGCGCUUAUCAGGCUCCGACUUACCUUCGCUUCAUCCCAUGGUCCUCGUAGUUCUCUUCGCGGAGCUUGAAAGGGACAGGUUAGACAGACUUGUGAGAAACAAGAUCAGCCGGCUCAUUCAACAAAUCAUCAGAAUCUCGGACAACAACAACUUUACCCAGACUACAGAUGAUAAGACCAUGCCACCACUCUCUCCCUCUUUAGCAACAUCGAUCAAAGACUGGCUAGAGAUGGGAGAUCUACGCAAUGGACUACAGGCAUUCAAGCGUAAAAUGUGUGACAUGACAGAACACAUCGACGAAUUUCAAGACAGGCUACUCAAUCCUAAAAGAGACAAAUCUGGCUUCGCUGCCAGCUUAGACCCGGACACGCUCGAGGGGCUCAGAGAGACAGGCACGAAGAUGAAAGAGCGUCUCAAGCAUCUCAUCGACGAGUUCGACGAGCACAUCCGAAAAUGCGCGAACAUCAUCGAAGGCGUAGGACUCGCAUCCCAACUAGAAUGGAACCAGAUAGGCCGCAAGGACACAUUCACGAACCUGCAAAUCGCGCACAACGGGCUGAAGGUAGCGCAGCACACGCGCCGAGACAGCGAGUUGAUGAAGUCCAUUGCGCUGCUGACCAUGGUGUUUCUCCCGGCUACAUUCGUGGCGACGCUCUUCUCAAUGGGGAUAUUCUCCUGGAAAGGCCCGCGCGGCGAAAUCCUAAGCGUGAGCCCGUGGAUAUGGCUAUACGUCGCCGUCACGGUGGCCAUCACCUCCGUGACGCUGGGGACGUGGUAUCUGUGGGUGAUGCGGCGACGUCGUCGCGCCGCGUCUCAUAACGAUGAUAACGACAAUAACGACAAAGUUGAAGAAGAUCUCGAGGCGCAGAUACAGUCUGCGCCGAGUGAGAAGGGGACGUUUAGGUCUAGUACGACUGCUUUUACGCAGACUUCGUAGGCGGGAAGGGGAAAGGAAUGCGCGAGGGGUCUGGGAGGUAGAAUAGGACGGCGUGCGGCGGGGUAGGUUAUGUUUUUCUUUUUUUUUCUUGACCUGGUUCGGGUCUUUUAUCUGCUAUUAGGUAUGUGUGUUUUGACACGGCGGUCUCACGACGAUCCAGGGCUUGGCGGCGAGGUA